AUGGAGAUGAAGUGGAUAGUGGAUCGUGGAUCGAUUGGUGUUGGAGAGGGAGAAAUAGAGGCUGAUUCUUUAAGAUUGCACAUAGAAAGGGAUGGUUUGCCCCAUGGUCUCCCUGAAGAUGGUGGAAGAGUGUUGAUUGGCUACAAGGAGUCAUGGGUGAAGAAAAUUUACGAGACUCUGGAUCACAGGGAUACAGUACGCGUACUUAGACACCAAAGCGCCACACAUUGGGAUAUUUUGAAAGAGGCUCCUGGGGUGGUGGCUUUAGUACAAGGAUCUGGUUUAUGGCCUGCUAUUUUCUAUGCACAAGAGGAAUUUGAUGCAGUUACAAACUCAGCCUUUUGUGAGAGAUUUUGUCCGGAGACUUACACAUUUCAUCUCCGCUUUGGCGAGAUGGAAAUCACUCCAAAUGAUGCACAUAAGAUUAGUGGUCUUAGAACGCAUGGGAAGAAUGUUUACUCAGCGGUUUAUGAAAUGACUUGGGAUGAUUUGUAUGUACUUGCUGAGGAAACUCUUGGUUUGCCAAAAGACAAAACAGAAUUGGAGUUUGCCUGCGGUUCUAAAGAGGUGAAGUUUGUAGACUCUAGCACAAAGAAGUUGAAGAAAAUCAAGUUCACUACUUUGAAAAAGUGUUUUGGAGACACAAAUGAGAAAAUUUCAAAGGGGGAGUUGGUUAUGGAUGAGGUCACAUCUAUGAGCACUGCUACCGCGUAUUUGUUGCAUACUUUAGGAAGUGUUAUAUUUCCCGAUAACAAUGGGAACAAGGUUAAUGCUCAAUACCUUCAAUUGUUAAAAUAUUUGAAAAGCUGCCACAAGUACUCUUGGGGAACCGCGGCCCUUUCUUUCCUAUUCGAGCAACUUGGAACUGUGUCUAGGUUAACAAGUAGAAACAUUGGAGGUUAUUUCACAAUGCUUCAAGUAUGGAUAUAUGACCAUUUUCCGGAUUUGAAUUUAGUCAAGGAAUAUGACAAAUGGGUAGAUACAUUCCCUACCUCGGCCAAAUGGAGUUUCAAGAAAAAUAAGAAGAGGAAUAAAAAGGAAAUCUUGAUAGCUUUGAGAGAAAACUUAGACUCUUUGACUACUGAACAAGUUGUAUUUCAACCAUACAAAAAGGAUGAAGAAGAUGAUGAUGUUGUUGAGGAUGAAGAUAUGCCGUUGGGGAUGGAAAGUCAAGCUUUGGUGGACGGUAAGAGGGGACAGCGAACACAAAAGGAAGUGGAGCCGAAGACGAGGAAGAAAAAAAAGGGCAUGGUUGAAGAUGUUUCGAAGUCUUACCGAACUAUGAUGGCUGGGGGUAACGACGUGUUCAAGGUUAUGAAGAAGAAAAUUGAUUGCAAUGUGGAUAUGGAGGUGGAAGAGCAAGAAUAUAUGUACAACCGUUGGGUUGGAGUAAUCAACAAAGGUGAAGGUGCGAGUGGAAGUGGUGCUAGAAAAGGUCGUGGUGGUGGAAGAAGCGGUGGUGGUCAAUAG